AUGGCGUCCGCUCCUACAAUCUGCUCUUCCUGCCUGCGCUCCAUGCAGUCCGCAGCUCGUGCCCGCCCGGCCACCGUGCGACAGGCCAUCGGUACCGCCCGCCGCAGCUUCGCCGUCUCCUCCACGUCCGCCACUGCUCCGCCGACACCACUCCGCGACUUCCUCACGCCCUCGACACGUCCUGGAUACGCGACAUGGUCACGGCAGACCGCGCGACUGCGACCGGUGGAUCGGAGUGUUGGUGUUCGCACCUUCGCCUCCCUGGCGUCGCGGCGCGCAGCAGUCCUGAAUCCGCGGAUAGACGAGGAUGGCAACGAGAUGGAGGUGGGCAUCACGCCGCGCGCAGCUCAUCGCCUCAAGCAAAUCAUGGCCCAAGACAAGAACCCCAACCUCCUACUACGGGUUACCGUCGAGUCCGGCGGUUGCCACGGCUUCCAAUACCUAAUGUCCUUGACCGAAAUGUCCGAGGUUUCGCAGGAGGAAGACACGGUGUUUGAAGGUGCCGACGGGGCGAAGAUUGUGUUGGACGAGCCGAGUCUGGAACUGCUCAAGGGAAGCAAGGUGGACUACACCAUGGAGUUGAUUGGAAGCCAGUUCAAGAUUGUGGACAAUCCUGCAGCGAGCAGCAGCUGCGGAUGUGGGACGAGUUUCGAUGUCAAGAUGUAG